AUGGCAACCUUGGAAUCUUCAAUGCACGAUCAGCCCGAUCUUCACUCUGCAACGUCAGCUGCGCAUCUUUGCACUUCUCGAACACAUUCGUUUUUUUUCGCCUCAAGUCUCCACUCCAACAUGUCCGACGACGAGGAAUACUAUGAGUACGAGGAGGACUUCAUGUACGAGGACUUAGUCCCCGACAUGGUCGACGACCUCGCCGCCUCCUCAUACUACGAAGCCGCACUAUACGAAGACCCAUCAAUCGAUGUCGAAGAAUACUUCAGUGACUGGGACUACUAUUCGGAUGAUUACUACGACGACGAUUGCACAGCCGAACAAAGCGCCGAAAGAAAGAAACGGACCGAAAUUGCAGCCCGCGCAAAACGACGAACAAAGGGCUCCGCACUCAAGCCUACGACCACAAUCCCCACAAAAUCCCCCCUCUACCCCGACCUAACCUCCUUCCAGGGCGUGGUGUGGAAAACGCCCGCCCUCGAUCGAGACCAGGAUGUCGCGGUCCUCUAUGAGCCGCACACGGGCGAGAAAGUCGCGCUGCUGGAAAACUGGCGAGAGGUCUUUAAGUUUUCCCAGCCGGCGCUGGAUAAGUCGCGGCUGAAGAAGCGGCGGGUGGAUGAGUUGAGGACCCUUGAUGAGGCGGAUAAUGAGAUGUCUGGGGAAGACGAGGAUGAGGAUGAGGAUGCGCACGAUAGUCUGGAUGAAAUGUCUGAUGGUGAUUCGAUGGAUGGCGAUGAUUCGGGCUCGAGUGUGGAUACUGGUGAUGUUUCGAAUACAACGCCGGACGCGGAGCCGGUCUCUGUGAGGACGAAAUUUGCGUCCCCGCCCAUGGUUGUGAUUCCUUUCACACGGGGGCGCAAGCGGAAGGUUGCGCAGAAGGAUGAUCUUGCUGAGGAUACGGCACCUUCCGCGAAGAGAGUUGAGUCGCGGAAGGGUGGUGGUAGUAGGGGUAGUUCUGCUGCGCCGGUGCCGGUGCGUAGGUCGGCUAGACAGAAGAAAUAG